UUGAACGUGUUCUCUUCGCGGUGUCAUUACUCUGGUCAGUUGUGUUUAUCUUCAAUCAUGGGCUUCUUCCCCUGUUCUGGCGUACAUCGUUUGAGCAGCAAUUUGUGUUCUUCCUCGAAACCUCAGCUUGCAGGUACACUCGUUCAUAAAGAUCAUACAGGUCAGGUACUUGCUCGUCCGUAUCCCUUUCUUCUGUAUGUGUGACCGGUAUAAGAUACUAGCCUUGACAGGAAAGGAAAUAUUCGCAAAUGAAGAAAUCAUCAUCGGCCGUGAUAGAAAUCGAUGCCAGUACAUCAUUGAAGACCCCUACAUCUCGAAACGUCAUAUCAGAGUUUACACUGUCGUCUACGAGAAUGACGAUCUCGAUGGUACCGAAUCUCUCGUCUAUGUAGAGGAUCUUUCACAAAACGGCACUUAUUGGAAUGGCUCAACGAUUGGUAGAGGGAAUGGGGGCUACUUGUUGAGCGACGGAGACGUGUUGAGACUCAGUCGCCUCACAACUUUUACUUUCCACACAGUGGCAAACAGCUCAUUCAACCCCAACUUUGACUUUACGCGGGAGAGGGAGAUGGAAAAAUUUCGGAGGGACUAUGUCAUAACAGACAGAUUGCUCGGUGCUGGGACAUUUGGCAGAGUCUUCAUGGCCAUCGAACAGCAUGCACGAGCUCAAGUUGCCUGCAAAGUUGUCGAGUUACGAAAGAUUGGAAGGGGUCGUUCGAGGUAUGGACCCCCUGAGCGUCCGGUGCCCGCGGAAGACGUCGACAUUUUGGUUCAACAACAGAAAAUCAAGGCUUGGGGCGAGCAGAAACGAGAGAACCAUCUCGAGGAGAAGUUAAAGCUGUACUUUCGAGAGAUCGAGAUAUUAGCCUCGAUCAGCCACCCGAACAUCAUUGGUGUCGAGAAGGUCUAUGUGACACAAAACACAAUAUACAUGAUGCAAACCCUUAUCACAGCCGGCGACCUAUUUUCCUAUAUCGAUUGCAAGAAUGGACGACUGCUCGAAGUCGAAGCAGCGGUCAUAAUACGCCAGAUCCUCAUUGCUUUGGCCUUUCUGCACAAAAACAAUAUCGUCCAUAGGGACAUCAAACCGGAAAACAUCCUUAUGACGAGCUUAGCUACCGGCAGCCGAGUGGUUCUGACCGACUUUGGAGCAGCCCGACGCAUAGCCAAUCCACGAUCUCGUAUGCAGACGGCACUGGGUACCCGCGAAUAUGCUGCUCCCGAACAGUCACACCAAGAGAAUCGACCUGGAAGAGCUGGAUACACCAGGGCCGUAGACAUGUGGUCUGUCGGUUGCGUUACAGUCGUUCUUCUUACGGGUGGAAUGGCUUUCUGCGAUCCUGUCACAAAUUCGUACUCCGAAUCCCUCGCGAGAGAAUGUAACCUAGACUCUUUGCAGGAAACCCCAGAAUGGCAAAACAUCAGAGAACGACCGAAGGACUUCAUCAGCAAAUUGCUUGUACUCGAUGAAGCAUCAAGACCGUCGGCUGAAGAAGCCUUGAAGCACCCAUGGUUUUCCAAUGACCUACAUCGAGAUGAUUUCGAACAUCUGUAUCAAAGAACGAUCAAACAUUGGCACCCACGCACACCAAAGUUACCAUUGGUCGAUUUCAAAGAAGGUGGCAAAAGCCAGAAGCCAGUCGAACCACCGUACAAGCCAUUUCCAAGACAGAUGCAUCUUGCGCUUUGGGCCCAAGGGGAUCCCAAAGGCAGAUUGAGACAAGAAGUUAUUGAUGCUGUCGAGAGUUGGGGUAUUCGCUCGCCCCGAAUCGCCCAAGAGCUUUUGAAGCAAUCCUACCAGAAAGAGGCUACGAAGACAUCAAGUUACUGGGAUCGCCGUGGCCAAGACACAAACACCAUGAGAGAUAAGAGAGUGAAAUUACCCACAAGGACACUCAAGGCACCUGCCCAAGAGCUGCAAAGCGAAAUCAAAGUCAAGCCAAUGGAAGUUUCUGAUGACAAGGCAUUUGAAGAACCACUUACCCCAAAGCCUCCAAGAGUACUCAAAAGACGAGCGAGUUCCGCACCCCCAAUGGCAUGCAAUGGGUUUGAGGAGACAAAAUACACUAACAGCGCUACGGACGACAGCAUGGAUCCUAGAGACGAUGCAAAGUUCGACAGCUGGGACGGUGCUCAACAUGAAGCGUCUUCCAUGGCAGCUGGAUACGAAGUGUCCUCACGGGCAGGCGACGCAAGUACCAGUUCUUCUAUUCAUAAUUAUAGCGACAUGCAUCGAGGAAUAGGUCUCAGACCUCUAAAUAAUUCAAACCGACUCAGGAGGAGGACUGGAACAUUACCCAGCAAUCAACGGAAGAAGCAGCAGCAUCGGGGGUCUAUCUUUGACUUGGUCGAGGACGACGUCAACACUAAGACUCGGCAGGAGAAGAUUGCUACAUCAAUAGACCGACCCAAACCACCAGUCACGAACAAUUUCAGCCCACGAAACCUAUACCUUCCACGAUAA